UUGAUCUAGAGAUCGAUCGUGAUUCACAGUUCGCAUCAUGCAGUCUAGCGAACAGAGUUCUCGGAAUGAUGUAACCUCACAUCAAGGAGUGAUCAAGAUCUGGCAGUAUCUAGUCAUUGCUGAAAUGCUUCUUAGCGUCGUGGAUAACUUAAAUAAUCAAGAACAAGGUAACGCGGCUUGUGUACUCCGACCAACCGGGGCUUAUUUCCUUUUACUCGCCACGACACAGCUGAGGGCGAUUCGACAUGGCACGGCAUUUCGCGUCUUGUGCUCCCGCGAGCCCGACCUCUUCGGUCCAGGCUCCCUUGUCGGCCUAGGCAGAGCGGACCGUCCUAUCCACGUCGCUCGACCCCUACUUCGGAGGGCGAGGUGGUCUUUGAUUUUCGCCCCAGAACUCAAAGAUGGUUCAAGUGCUGCUUCCAUUUUGGAGGGUUGUUCGGGGCAUAAGACUCCUGUUAAAGUGAGAAUUGCACCGACGCAAAGAGACACCACCUCGCCAAUAUAAGCCUUCAGAGUUUUCAAGAUCCUCCUAGAGGGAAAUCGUUCAAAAGCUAACGCGGUCAAUUUAGUCUUAAGCUUCCUAAUUGACAAGUUUAAUUUUUAACAUUUUGAUGAUUUGCCAAUAUAGUUCUUUCGACCA